UUGGCAUGUUUUUUUUUUUUUUAUAAAAGAAUAUUACAUUUAAAAAAAAAAUGUUUUUACAUUUUUUUGGGAUUGUUUUUUCCUUUUUUCAGGGGGAACCAACCUUGGAAACGCUGAGUGAUGAUUUAUCCCUGACUGUUCAAUAAUUUUGGGGGUUGGUUUAAAAACUUUUCCAUGUGACCGGCGACGCUACCGGCCGAUGCUAACUUCCACUCCAUCUUUCUCCACGUUCACUCGUCACGUGUCUUCCCUUCUCACACAUUCCCUCGUUCCUCCUCUCUCUCUCUCUCUCUCUCUCUCUCCUCGCUCUCCCAACAAUACUCUCCUCCGUCGCACACUCACGCAGCAUCCUCCCCUCCCCUCCCCUCGCACUCGCACUCAUCUCUCCUCCUUCCUCCUCCCUCAUCCGCCGGCACAUCUCACCUUUCGCAUCCCACCACGUCCCGCCUCCGUCUCGUCUCACCUCCAUCGGCUCCUUUCCCCGCUUACCUCCCGACACGCGUCCGCGCGCGCGCGCCCGCCAGCGACCGACCGACCGACCGGCGGACGGCGAGCGGAGGUCGCCGAGCAGUUUGCCGGCGCCGUCCGGCUUCUCGACACCGAGCGCGGCUGAGGAAGAGGACGCGGCCAUGGAGCACAGCCACAUCUUCCCCGUCGCCACCCCCAACGGGAGCAGCUGGCGCGUCGGGCAGCAUCCCUGGGCAGCGGCCCCGGGGUGCCCCCUCGGGCCGCUGCCCGUCGUCUACUACAGCGUCUUGCUGUGUCUGGGCCUGCCGGCCAACAUCUUGACGGUGGUCAUCCUGUCCCAGCUGGUGCUGCGUCGUCAGAAGUCGUCCUACAAUUAUCUCUUGGCGCUGGCGGCCGCCGACAUCAUGGUCCUGCUGCUCAUUGUUUUUGUCGACUUCAUACUGGAGGACUUCAUCCUGGUCACGCCGCUGCCGCCGUCCGUAAACAGCGCCGUGCAGGUGCUGGAGUUCUGCUCCAUCCACACGUCCAUCUGGAUCACCGUGCCCCUCACCGUCGACCGCUACAUCGCCGUUUGCCACCCGCUGCGCUACCACACCGUCUCCUACCCGGCGCGCACGCGCAGGGUGAUUUUCGCCGUCUACGUCGGGUGUCUGCUGUCGGCCGCACCGUACUACUGGUGGCCAGAGUUGUGGCACAGCUUGCCCGCCGUGGCGAGCGGGGGCGGCGGCGAGAGUAACGGUCGAACCGCGGCCCAACACGUCCUUGUGUGGGCCCACUGCGCCACCAUCUACCUCCUCCCCUGCGCCGUCUUCUUCACCCUCAACGCCGUCAUCGUGCGCAAGCUGCGCCGCCGCCGCAGCUGCUUCCGUAUGCGCGGCUACUCCACCGGCAAGACCACCGCCAUCCUGCUCGCCAUCACCUCCAUUUUCGCAGUUCUGUGGGCGCCUCGCACCCUCAUGAUACUUUACCACUUCUACUCAUCGCCUCCGGCCUCGCCGGGCGCCGGACGCCUGCUGCACAUGCUGACGGACCUGGCCAACAUGCUGGCCUUGCUCAACACCGGCGUCAACUUCUUCCUCUACUGCUUCAUCAGCAAGCGUUUCAGAGCCAUGGCGGCCAACGUGCUGCACGCGCUGGUCCACUGCCGGAAGCAGCCGCAGCCCUUCUACGCCAGCCACAAUUUCUCCAUCACCAGCAGUCCCUGGAUCUCACCGGCCAACUCCCAUUGCAUCAAGAUGUUGGUGUACCAGUACGACAAAAACGGGAAGCCUAUUUGUAUUUCCUCUUGA